GGUGCUCUAACAGACAUGGGGAAAUAUUUAUAUAGAGAGCAUCGACUACCCACGUAUGAUCUUGCCGUGGUCAUCACUAAACUGGACAUGUGCAGAAGGAGGUUCCCUGGUGGACGAUGUAACCGAGGCACAGCCGGUUUUGCUUAUGUUGGUGGAGCAUGCGUAGUAAACAAGCGUUUGGAGAAAGUCAACAGUGUUGCCAUUAUUGAAGACAGUGGUGGUUUCAGCGGGAUAAUUGUAGCUGCUCAUGAAAUUGGUCACUUACUGGGCUGCGUACACGAUGGAUCACCUCCACCCAGCUACCUCGGCGGCCCUGGUGCAACCCAUUGUCCAUGGGAAGAUGGUUUCAUCAUGAGCGACUUGAGACACACCGAACGAGGAUUCAAGUGGUCGUCGUGCAGCGUAGAACAAUUUAAACACUUCCUUAACGGAGAGACUGCAACAUGUUUGUUUAACUUUCCUCAUGAAAAUGAUCUCUUAGUUCGAGUGCUGCCUGGUACCAUGCUAUCUCUAGACGAGCAAUGUAAACGAGAUAGAGGAACAACAGCUUGUUUUAAAGAUGCAAGGGUGUGUGCUCAACUGUUUUGCUUUGACACAGCAUCAGGAUAUUGUGUGUCUUAUAGGCCUGCAGCUGAAGGAUCUCCUUGUGGUGAUGGACAGGUUUGCAAGAAUGGAAGGUGCCUUGCAGAAAUCGAAAAUAUUAUUCCCGACUAUAGUCAUGUGACUGAGACGUACGUCGAAGCCGAGGAACGAAUGGAUAGACAUGAUGUGGAAUAUGUCACUAACUUGCCAGUCACAUCACUAGCCGCUCCUGUCCGACGAUUCAGGAACAGGAGACCAAUCAGACGUCCGACUAGGAGUAUCUCCUUGAAGGAUUCUGAAAAAAGCAUCUCCACAAGAAUUCGUAGUAAGAAGUGAUAACCAGAAAAAUAUAACCAAACUUGACAACAAAAAAUAUAAGUGCAGCCCUUAAUACUUCACUCCAGAAUUUUUUGACCCAUAUCACAUGAAUUUAAACUUUCAAUUGCAAUAUUAAUUUAACAGGUACAUUUAGAUGAUCAACAAGGGGAUUAUUGAGGGUACAUCCCCCAGAAUUCUUGGCUUUCAUCCAUAUUAUAAAUCUUUUAAUUGUUUUAGUUUAUUACACUGUAAAUAUAAUGAAGUUGUAAUACGGCUUAUAACCAAGUGCAAUAAAUUUGUCAAUUGUUUCGCAGAUUGCAGUGUUGCCUUGUA